AUGUACUCUUGCGCCAAUUACCCUCGUGGAUGCCGUGGUCGCGCCAACAUUCAGGGAGGCAAAUGUUCCGACUGCGUGACAUUGAAGCUCCGUCGACCAUCGUCUUCGUCUCCCUUUGCGCAGCCUAGAGACUACCGGCGAGCACUACCAUCGGAGAUCCUGAAUGACUCUCCGUACAAAAACAUCAUCCUCCAAUGA